UGGGAGCCAAACAAAUAGUUAGAAGCAGUGCUAUAAAAGUAGCAAUGCUGUUCAUGCUAGGAGCAUCCCAAACAGGAAUAUAGAAUUUCCUGCAAGGGAAGUAGCAGCAGCAUGAGCAUGAGCAUGAGGGUGAGAGUUAUGAAGUGGGUGCGUUUCGUUUCGCUGCUUUUCUUCUUGCUGGGGCUACAGGCUGUAUCAGCAGCUAAAGUGAGGCACUACAAGUGGGACGUGGAGUACAUGUACGGCUUGCCGGACUGCAUCGAGAGCGUUGUGAUGGGAAUCAACGGCCAGUUUCCGGGCCCCACCAUCCGGGCUCAGGUCGGAGACACCAUCGACGUCGCACUCACCAACAAGCUCUCCACCGAGGGAGUCGUCAUCCACUGGCACGGCAUCCGCCAGAAGGGGACGCCGUGGGCGGACGGAACCGCUUCCAUAUCACAGUGCGCCGUUAACCCCGGAGAGACUUUCCACUUCAGAUUCGUGGUGGACAAGGCAGGAACAUACUUCUACCACGGGCACUACGGCAUGCAGAGAUCGGCGGGCCUGUACGGGUCGCUGAUAGUGGAGUUGGAAGACGGGAAGAGAGAGCCGUUCCACUACGACGGAGAGUUCAACCUGCUGCUGAGUGACUGGUGGCACCAGAGCUCUCACCACCAGGAAGUGUCUCUGUCGGCGAGACCGAUGCGGUGGAUCGGAGAACCGGAGAGUUUGCUGAUAAAUGGAAGAGGGCAGUACAAUUGCUCGCUGGCAGCCGGGAUGAUCAACACGACGCUGCCAAAGUGCAGGUUCAGAGGCAAUGAGCAGUGUGCUCCCCAAAUCCUGCACGUCCUUCCCAACAACACCUACCGUAUCCGAAUUGCCAGCUCCACCGCUUUGGCUUCCCUCAACUUGGCCAUUCAGAACCACAAAAUGGUGGUGGUGGAGGCGGACGGGAACUACGUGAAACCAUUCGCAGUGGAUGACAUAGACAUAUACUCCGGCGAGAGCUACUCGGUGCUGGUGACCACAGACCAAGACCCUUCCCAUAACUACUGGAUUGCCAUCGGCGUCCGUGGCAGGAAGCCCAGCACCCCUCAGGCCCUCACCUUCCUCAACUACCACCCAACCUCCGCCUCCAAGCUCCCUUCCUCCCCCCCUCCCACCACUCCUCUCUGGAACGACUAUAACCGGAGCCAGUCCUUCGCCGAGAAGCUCUAUUCCCUCAUCGGUUCCCCCGCCCCUCCCCCCACCUUCCACCGCCGCCUCAUCCUCCUCAACACCCAGAACCUUGUCGACGGCUUCACCAAGUGGGCCAUCAACAACGUCUCCUUGUCCCUCCCCUCCACUCCUUACCUGGCCUCCCUCAAGUACAGGAUCCCACGCGCCUUCGACCCCCGCUCCCCUCCGGACAACUUCCCCGCCGAGUACGACAUCAUGAAGCCGCCGGCCAACCCCAACACCGUCACCGGCAACGGGGUCUACGUGUUUGAAAUGAACCAGGUGGUGGACGUGAUCCUGCAGAACGCGAACGUGUUGAACAGUACCUCCAGCGAGAUCCAUCCGUGGCACUUGCACGGGCAUGAUUUUUGGGUGUUGGGGUAUGGGCACGGGAGGUUCCAUCCGAAGACGGACGAGAAGAAGCUGAACCUUAAGAACCCGCCGAUGAAGAACACGGCGGUGAUAUUCCCGUACGGGUGGACGGCGCUGAGAUUCGUGGCUGACAACCCCGGGGUGUGGGCGUUCCACUGUCACAUAGAGCCUCACCUGCACAUGGGAAUGGGGGUGAUAUUCGCCGAAGGCGUGGAUCGCGUCAAGCACAUUCCUUCCGACGCUAUUACUUGUGGCCUCUCCGCCAAGAUGCUCGCCGCCGCCGCCGCCAACACCACCCUCCACUAGUUGCUACUUCCCUAACCCUUUGCCAUGUUGAUUCCAGAUCCCAAGUGAUGGUUGCUCUCGUUUAUGAUGACACCAUCAUUAAUAUAUGCCUAUCAUGCCCUUGGUCAUGCUACUCAUCCAUAUUAUGUGCCAUCGUUAUCUUUAUAAUUAUGAAAACAUGAACUCAGAAUUAGUAUUUAGUAAUUUUAUUUGAUGAAUGGGAGGUGAUCAUCCUUUAUUAUUUACUUUA